AUGGGGGCAUUUGAGGAAUACGUUGGUACAAAUGUUGGUCACUAUUCUAUUAUUAUAGAUAAAAAUGGUGAAUCUGAUGAUGAUGAUCACCCAGUAGGUUUAGAAAUUCAUUUGGCAAUGAAGGAUGCAAUGAAUUCUAUUGAAACUGGUUUCCAAGUAACUGAAAGAAAAUAUGCUGAAGGCGAUAACUGUGAUAGAGACAUGAAUAUCCGUAACCGUUUCCAUGAAUCAUUUUAUAUCUUCAUUAAAGAAAAAUGUGGUGGAGACAACGCAUGGGGUAGAAAGAAUAAAUGCCACAACUUUGCUAAAUACUGUUUGGAAGAAGAAUUACAUUUAAAAUGGCCGGAAACUGUUCAAUCACCAUGCGAUAAUUACCCAUUCUUAUUACAUAUAUUUAAAAUUCAAAAAUCUGCAUCUAUUCAAACUAACCAAUCAUAA